AAAAGCAACAACAAUUCCUAGUAGGUACGGAUCUUUUGCUUCAAUAAAAGUUCGACAACAGCUUUGAACACAAGAACCUUGGUCGCUAUGUGCUCAAAACUAUGAAAAACAACAAUUUAUUAUAUCUUAGAUUUUCGGUUAAUCUUUGACAUAAUAGUAUUAUAAAACAUAAAUUACGAAAAUCGUAUCUACUCGCUUAGUGUCAAUAGGUUUCUGUUUGCUGGCUUCGCUCUCAAAACUAUUUUGCAAUAAUAAAAGUACAUAAACAUUUUCCGUGGUUUGGGUUUCUUUAAAGAGAUAACCUCUAGCAAUAAUUUUCUGUUAUAUCUGUUAGUUUCGAUUAAUUUGGUUCUUUUACUAUUUGAAAAUCUGCGAGCAUUGGAAUUAGUGGCAGUGUCAAAAUGACUGUGAAAAAUAUAAAUAUUUUUAGGAAUACUGGAACUCAGAUUCUUGCUGCAGUGACGGGAACCUUGGUAGCAGCCUCGGAUGGAAUGUCCUUCGGUUGGACGUCGCCUAUGGGACCUUACCUUGUAGGUGAAGAAUCACAUAUAUUUACUACCGAAACACAGGCCGAAUUGCUAGAAACUAUAUCUCUUCUAGGAUCAUUCUGCGGACUACCCUUCACGAUAUAUUUUGUAGACAAAAUCGGGAGGAAGAAGUCUCUACUUUUAGCCGCAGUUGUGGUAUUAUUAAACUGGAUAGCUAUUGGUUUAGCCGAUAGAAUUGAGUAUAUUUUUGUAGCUAGAUUUUUUGCUGGAAUGGCUGGUGACAUGUCAUUUGUAGCAGCUCCAAUGUAUAUUGCUGAAAUAGCUGAUUCAAAAAUAAGAGGAUUUUUGUCUUCUAUCAUUUACAUUAUGAUGCUGAUCGGGCUUGUUUUGGUCUAUACCCUCGGACCAUUUGCCCCCUUCUAUGCCAUACCAAUUGCUGGAGUUAUUUUGGCUAGCAUUCAACUCUUGGUUUUCACGUUUCAACCAGAGAGUCCUUAUUAUUUGUUGUACAAAAAUAAACCCGAGAAGGCCAAAAAAUCUCUUGAAAGACUAAGACCUGGUCUUAGUGAUAUUGAUUUAGAUAAGGAACUAAAAGAUAUUUCAGCGGGAAUAGAAAGGCAGAAAACUGAAAAAGGACGACCACAAGAUCUUCUUUUGGUUUCUAGUAAUAGAAAGGCAAUAACCAUAAUGACAGUUCUGAAUGCUGGACAGCAUAUGGCAUGCAUUAGUGUAAUGUACAUGAACUUGCAUCCGAUUCUAAACGCCGCUGGCUCAAUUUACCUGGACAACAACAUCACUGCCAUCAUAUUUGCUAUCAUCAUGCUAAUUGCCUCAAUUUUCGCCUCGUGCACCAUUGACAAAUAUGGCAGGAAAAAUAUUCUAAUAGUUUCAAGUUUCUUGAGCGGAGUUUGCUUAUUAGCUUUAUCCGUUUACUUUCAUUUGCAAUUUCUUGGCUACGAUGUGUCAACCGUUUCCUGGAUCCCAAUAGCUUCUGUCCUUGUAUACGCUGGCGCUUUCAAAUAUGGUCUUGGAUUAGUGCCGAUAGUUAUAACAGCUGAGAUAUUUCCUGCCAAAAUGAAAGCUAUCGGAAUGACAGUAGCCGACGUUAUGUUUGUCGUGGGAGGCAUAGCAUCUAUCCAGCUAUACCAAUUUUUGCAUAAAAUUGGGAUGUACGUACCCUUCUAUUUGUUUACAGCGUGUGCCUUCAUGGUUGCGCUAUACUCUGCAUUCUGUAUUCCUGAAACGAAAGGAAAGAGUUUGGAGGAAAUACAAAUUAUGUUAAAGGGGGACAAGCUCAGUAAAAAUGAAGAUAAAAACGGAGUUUGUUAAAAAAUAUUUUAUUUUGUUUUAAGAUCUCCGAUUACGGGAUUGGGCACGUUCUUUUUUAGAGCAGAAAGAUUUUCAUCGUGUAAUUGCUUUGCUACAAAGUUGGUUGAACCAAUGCCAAAUAUAACUUUUCAACUAACAACCAAAAGCUGUUUUGUAUGGUUUCUGGAAUCCAUGUUAAAUUACCGUAGAAUAAUAAAGAACACGUUCAUAGUAUGGUCGACUUUUCUGUAAGGCUGGAGACACAAUGACAAAUUACAAGGUAUAAGUGACAGAUACAAAAUACCAAAACAUCGAAAUUUUGGCGUGAAAAGUAAAUUGUAUCUUGUAUCCAUUUAUUCUGUGUUAUAGCAUUGAUACACGAGUAGCAAUAUUUUUGUCUCUUGUCAUUAUUGUAAUUUGUAUUUAUCAUUGUGUCUUCAGUCUAAUGAAACCUACCAUCCGCGUGUGGCUAAAUUCACCAGAAUGUUACACUGCCACGGAUACGGUGAUUACGAUUCACUAAUGCCAAUGCCACAGCUUGCCAAACCCUGUUUAAUUCAACGACACUGCUUUUUCUACCAUCCCACCACGGUGCCUACAGCAGCUGCAUUUGGCCACACGCUAAAUGCAAUUAAGUUUUGUGGUAAUCAACAGACAGAAAUUUACAAAAAAAAUGGGACGUUUAAUAAACAAUAAUUCAGUGUUUGUGUUUCGUUUCUAAACAAAAUUCGCUUUCCCUUCUUUCCUUGUCCACAUUUUUAUAUGAAUUGAUUUUUUUUAUACCUACUUACUAAAAAGAUUUUUAUUAGAGUGAACUUGACUAUACAACUCUUGAUUCAGUGAAUUAUCUGGGUGUGGUACUUGAUAAAAGGCUAGACUGGAAAGAACAUAUAGACCAACUCCCGGGUGCUUUGGGGAGACAGGUGUAUGCUCUUCGAAUCUUAGGAGACAAUGUCGAUAAGUCCUCGUCUCUCGCAUCAUAUCAUGCUUUUGUGCAAUCGAAGGUCAGAUACGGGAUCAUAUUUUGGGGGAGCUCGAGUGGUGCAUUAAGGAUUUUAAAAUUACAAAAAAAAUGUUUAAGAGUGAUAUUAAGACUCGAAUAUAGAGAAAGUUGUAAACAACAUUUCAUUGACAACAAUAUACAAACCGUUUUUAAUCUUUACAUAGUAGAGUGUGUGAAGUUUAUAUCAAAAAAUCCAGAUUUAUUUUUAGACCAGAGAUUAAAUCACCCUUAUGAAACAAGGAAUAAAGAAAAUGUAAAUUAUAGUAUAAAAAUAAUAUGGAACUAUGGAACAACUUGCCAAUUGUUUUUAGAAAACUGCCCCAAGAACUGCUGUUAGAUAAAUUAAAAAAAUUCCUAAAAAGUAAGGCAUAUUACAGUAUCGUGGAAUUUUAUGAAGAUCAAGAGGUGGGGAAUUUGAAGUGAAAAGUUAUUUUUAUUUUUAUUUUUUUGAAUCUGUUUAACCAAAAUAAUUAAGGUAAUUUUUUAUUGUCGUCUGUAUUCCAAUUUUAUUGAAUGUAUUUAUUCUCUUGGAAAUGUUUUUAAAUGUAUUGUGUGUGUAAGAAAAUGUUAGUUUUUGAAGUUUGUAUUAUUAUAACUAUGUAAGUAAAUUAUUAAAAUUGUUUUAUAUGACGAGAUUUACACCCUACUCGGGUAUGCAAUGUAUU